AUGCAUAACUUCGGACAGCCACAUCCGCCGUAUCGGAUGCGAAUGCCAUUUCCACGGGGAAAAAGACCAGGUGGGUACAAAAAAUAAAACAUCAUACAAAGCAGGUGUUUCUAUUUUUCAUCGCUCUCACGUAUACGUAGUAUGUUAAAAUUUUUCACCUGCUUGCGAUUUUUCUGAUUUUCAGAACUUUCAAAAAUUUUGAUGUUGAACUUUAGCAACAAAAAAAAAUAAAUCUCUGCUGUACAAUGAAACUCCGCUUUUAUCCAAAACACAAUGCAACAACAACAAAAAACUUAUGAAUUUCAAAUUUUGAAUUUAAUAAAAAGACCAAAUUGUUCUCGAUGUUUGUACAAAUCAGAAUGGAAUUCUAUCAAUGUUUUGAUGAUUUGUUUUUGUACUUUAUUUAAAUCGAAUUAAUGAAAAACAAGUUGUGAAAAUGAACAUGUCACUGAACAAUUAUGAUUUCGAUCUGAAACGAACUUUUUCAUUAUUGUUGCGUGAAAUUCAAUGUGGUGUAUUUUCUGUUUUUUGUUCCGUGGUCCACUAACACGUAAAUUUUUGAUGAAGAAGAUUUAAUCCAAAUUUUGAACCCCUGACGGACCGUGUAUCAAAAAAGUGAUUUUCUCAUUGAUGUUGCGUAAAAUAAUUUCUCGCAGUUAGAACGAUUUCAAUGUUACCUUUCAACUGGGAGGUCCCUUUUUUGAACCCCCGACUAAGUCUAUAACAUAUUUAAAAGUCUCUAAAAACAUUCUUUGAUGCCAUUAACAAUCUAAUUAGCAAAUUUAAUUUUAUUUAAUCGUGAUUUUCUGCGUCUUACUGAAACAACCAAUUUGUGAUUUGACACAUUUAUGAUUGUUAACCCACACUUUUGUUAUCAAUGUCUUCAGCAAGCAGGAAAUUUCGUAUCAGUUGGUAUCAUCCAUUCCAUAUGUUUUUCGAAAUUAAACGAAACUACGUGUGUAGUUUCAUAUCAAUAGUCAUUCUGAAAUUAAGCUAACUUGAUUAGUCAUUAGAUUACAUAGAAUAAUCUAGUCAUAUCGUCUAGUUUUAGUCUUCAUUAGUCAAAGAGAAAAAUAAAUCCUAUUAGUUAGUUAUCCAUGAGCUUUUUGGUAUCUCAAUCUGACCAAUUGAUUAUAUGUUUGUUAUGGAAAUCAUGUUUUCCACAUUUGUAAACGUUGGAAAACCUGUUCGUCAAGAUCAAACAUCUAAAAUGAUCUUUUUGAACAAAUGAAUGUUUUAUGAGUGGAGAGAAAAAGAAUUAGAGAAUGAGAGAAAUAUGAGUACAGUUUAGUUUUUUUUUGUCAAUCACAUGUUAACAUUUUUUGUGAUUCUUGUUGUUAUUGUUGGCUACAAGGUCAUUAACUGAAUGAUAACUUUGCAUUUCAGUGUUUCUAGUUUCUUCGAAAACAAUUAAAAUGUUUUUGUUUUUAUUAUUUCCUUUUUUACUGUCAAUUUUCUCACAAAAAUUUUAAAAUAGCAUUAUAAAUAAAAUAAGUGUGCGAAUAUGAUAGGAAAAAAUAUCCUAAUUGUUUUUACCGAAAAUAUUUGUAUAAUUUUAUUAUACAAUUUUGAAUUAAUGGUGGGAAUAUUUUUCCUUUUGAAGAUCCGAUUGCAAAAAUAAAAGGCUGGCUGUGAAAGAAUGUUUGAAUUGAGGGAAUGUUGAAAAUAUGUUUUAUUGGUUGAGUUCAAUCGGUUCUUUUUUUGUUUGUUUAUGGGAAACACAUGUUCAUAUUUCAACUACAAAAAAUUCAAGUUCAUACAUUUCUAGUUUCAUUUUUUUUUUGAAAUAUGUAAACAGAAAAUUUGCUCAAUUUGAUGUUUUUUAGAUCAAAUUUAGAGUCGCGUUUAUUAGUUUCUAUUAUUACAGUCUAGAAAAGUUCAUGUCUGGAAACAUAGGCGUCUUGUUAUUUUUCUCUUUCUUCUUAUUUCUGGUAUCACAAGUAAUUUUUUUAGUGAACUUUUUAACAAAAAGACCAAAGUGUAUAACAAUUUGAUAUCUUCCGCCUACAGGUGUAUUUAAGGAACAGUAGUUUGAAGUUCUCUGAACAACUACCGUAAUCAUUCUCUCUCUUAAGCACUUCAAUUGCUGUCUAAAUGUUAAUUAUAUGUUUUCUGAGAAAUCUUAAUUAUAAUGAUUAACAAACUUGUCAUUUUCAGACAGAAAAUAUGAUGUCUGAUAAAUUAUAGUUCUGAUAUGAUGGUUAAUAUAAAUCUUAACGAGUUAGAAACAAUAAAGUUUUUCUAUUAAAAUUACAUUUUUAUCUGAUGAAAGAAAAAAUGUAGUUUUUUUUGAAUACAUGCAAUUGACAUAUUUUAAUCUUGGUAAUGAAUUCAAAUUCAAAAAUCUCGGAUUAGUUAUUGAAAAAAAAAUGAAUAAAUCGGAUUGUUUCUUGUGACGCAGUUUGUUAUAGCCAUUCAUCCAGAUUUUAUAUACUUUUAGUAUUAAAACGCGUUUUAUGUGUUGAUGAGUUUUUUUCCAUUCAUAUAAAAAAUAUAACAUUGAAAAACAUAUAAUAUCAAUCAAUCCACCAGAAAUCUGUUCAUGUAUUUUUUGAUACAAAAAAGAGACACAAAUAUUUUUCAUAUUUUCGCAUUUUCCAGUGCUCUCUUGUUCAAAUAUUUAAUCCCUUUUUCGGGUUAUUAUUUGUUCUUCCUUCUCUCUUCUUUUCAUUUGUGCUCAAAUAAUCUGGUCAAGUCUGCUCCGUUCUUUUUUUUUGUUUCUACCUUAGUUUCACUAUGCUUUGAUCAUUCAAUGAUCGGGUGAUAUUUUGAAAAUGUGAAUAAUUCUAGACAUGAAAUUUAGAAAGCUAAAUGUAGAGAACUUUUGGUAAGUUUUCUAAUUUCCAAAACAGGAAGUGAAUAAAAGUUUUCUCACUGUCUGAAAAAAAAACUAUAAAUUAAACGCUACUCAAAUCAUUCAUCUUUUCUGAUUUCGAAAAAAAAACAAAAAAAAACAUAAAUUAUUUCUAAUGAUGCUUCUUGCUGAUUGACCCUAUUUUAUAUUAUGAAGUUUUUUUUUGAAUUUUUAUUUUGUCCAAUGAAAACUUUUUAAAUGUUUCCAGAAAAUCCAUUCUUCCCGAAAAAACAAUACAAAACAUGUUUAAAUCAGAUAUCUAGUUUCUCUCAAGCAAAAAAAACCGUUCAAAACUACAUUUUUUCUAAUUCGCAAUCAAGAUAUUACAUACAAUUGUCUGUCUCUUACAAACAUCGAAAAACUUGAAAUUCUUUGUGAUUGAAGAAAAUAUUUCUGAAUUUGAAAAGCUGUGCAAAGUUAUUUCAUUUGGUUCAUUGAAACAUGUUUUGUUUAUUCACCUGUUUCAAAAUUUUUGAAAAAUUAUGUUGAUUUAAAGUAACAUCCACGAGUAAAAACAAUUCUGAAAACUAUUGAAGAACUUCGAGUAGAGAAACUGAACAUUACUUAUUUCGAAGUAGUUCUAGUCUUUUCGGAAAUUGUUUUUUUUUUCGAUUUUUGAAUCUCGGUUAUUCCAUAGAUCCGUCUGCUAAUGAAAUAGCGUCAUUUUUUACGUUUUCACUUAAUUUGCAAAUGCUUUGUCUGUGCUUUUAGAUGAUGAAGUUCAUUUUUCGAUUUGAUAUCUUUUCUCAAUCGGCCUCUUUUUUCUGUCUGUCUUUCUCUCUCAUUUUUCUCAAUGAAUCAAAGAUGAUUUUUCCGAACUGCAAAACAAAAAAAAUGGAAUAAAAAAGAAGAAAAAGAAGAUGAUGAGAAAAAAUAGGUUGUUCGAAUGUUUUUCGCUAUUUCUUUCUAUCGGCAUUGGGAUUGUUAUCUUCUCCUCAUAAUCUAUUAAGAUUAUUUUAUUGUAUCUGAUUAGAUGCUGAUUUCGAUUCGAGAUAGCGUCUUCAACCGAACCGAUUUCAAUCAGCGCACAAAGUUUUUUUUCCUUCUUUCAUUCUCAUAUCUUCUAUGUCAUUUAUCCAUUUUUACUUGUUCCUUUUUCAAAAUUUCUUUGAAAACGCAAAGUUGUUCCGAUAGUUCUAUGCGUAUUUCCAUAGAAACGCCAUACAUCCGGUUCCCAGUGAAUCGUUUUCCUCAGCAUUAGUGUAGUUUGUUAAAGUAGUUUUUUGUUGGAAACUAAAACUCUAAAACUUGUUGUUUCAAAUGUUUCUAUUUUGCAAAACAAAAAUACAAUAUCUGCCCUUUUUUGACAGAGAAAAACUAGAUUCUAAUGCGAAACAACAUGUUCAACUUUGAUUAGAUUUCCAAUCUUCAGUAUUUGUUCGAUCACUAUUUUCAAAAACUUGCAAGCUGAACAAUUAGAUUUCUCGCAUUCAUUUUCUCCACAUACGUCACCAUUUCUGUUAUUCAAUUAUUAUUCUCCGCUCGUUUCGGAUUUCAGUUUGAUCCGCAAACUAGAUUACUCUGGUUUAUCGAAAUGUGUGAAAAAUUCAUGGUAUUAAUAAAAAUUGAGAAAAUAAAAAAGCCUUCAGCUUCAAGACUUCAAAUUUGAAAAAAAAGUUCAAAAAUUGAUCAAGUUUGAGAUCAUUUUUUUCUCCCUGUUCUUUACUUUUUUCAGAACAAUUCUCAGAACAAAUUUUUCUCACAAAAAUAUCGUAAUAAAGGUUUCCAUUGACAACCAAAAAAAUGAAAACAGCUGAAAAUCAGACAAAUAUAAAUUUUUUUUAAUGAAAUAAAAUAUCAAAUAUAAUGUUCGCUAAUCCUUUCCUUUUGAUUUGAAUGUGAGCCCGUUAUUUUAUACUCUUUUCAAAAAAUAUAAUCUCAAAAAAAAAAAAGAUUCUCUUCAUUUUUUCAUAAUACAUGUUUAUAGCAUAAUAUAAUAUAGUAUAAUAUAUACAUAGAAUUUAUAGCAACAUCUCAUUAAAAUAUCCGUUGUGUGCUCCACCAAAGUACACCAUUCUUCUUCUUGGGAUCUACUCAUCACAAAUACCUUUCAAAUAUUAUUUAUUUUCUAAAUCUCUUUUCCGUUCCUUUAUAUUUUUCUUCCUCAACAGACAAAAACAACGAUCAAUGUAAAAAAAAGAGGAAGAUGUCUGCAUGUCUGACCUCUUCUGAUUAUUAUUCAUAGUCUGUGUCUGCGUCUCUUACUCUCUUAUUUCAAACACACUCUUGGAUACGUUUAUUGUGUUGUUUUUUUUUAUUUUUGCGCUUGUCUUUAUUUCGCAUUAAUAAAUAAAAGAUCUUGUUCUUGUUCUCAUAUCUGUUAUUAGAAGAUAAUUGUUUAUAAUACUUUAUUAUUAUCAUCCUACAAAUAGACAUGAUAAAAAUGGGCAUAAUAGAAAUAGUGAACAAAUUAUUCAAAAUGAUUUCACAUAAUUUUUGGAAUUUCUUAUCAGUGAUAGUUUUUAUCAGUUUAUGCGCGUACCUCGUAUCAGGAACAAGAAAAUGUUGCGUUUUUCCUUUCGUGUUCAUAUUAAGACUAUAGUCAAUUUCUAGUGUAUAAUUUGAUGUUUUUCCAGAUAUGAAUGUGGGCAACGGACCACCUCUAACGGCAGCACAAAUGCAGGUAAAUGAUUUCCCCAAAAAGUUCCAUAUACUGAAUAAUCUGUUUUCUAGCAACUUGUGCAAAUGGGAAUAAAUCCGAAUCAUAUUCAACUUAUGGGAGGACAACCACCACAAACAAAUGGACUACCGCAGCACGUUCAACCUCCUCCACAGUCAGUUGCCGCAGUUGCUGCGCAACAUCAAGCAGCAGCCGCCGCUGCAGCUGCAGCUCAACAACACCAACAACAGUUACACCAGCAGCAGCAGCAGCAACAAGCUGCGGCAGCUGCAGCAGCCGCCGCUGCUCACGCACAUCCGCAUACUCCACAUGUUGCAGUUCCAGUAACUGCUGCGCCAGUUGUUCAUAUGCCACAACCACAACCAAAUCAAGCACAUCUCAUGCAACAUUUGCAACAGCUACAGGCAGCACAUCACGCGCAUCACUCGCAAACGCAACAGGCUCAACUUGCACAACUGGUUAGUUUUAGUUUUACAAUAUGGUUUUUUUUUCAAAUUUGAAACUUGAAACUUCAACUGUAUUUGUUGCAGAUUCAACAGUCUCAAUUAGUAAAUGCAAUUGCGAAUCCAGUAUGUCCGCCGCCACCUCCAGGAGUACCUUCAAUGCCUUGGCCAGUAACAUCGCCAAUCUGUCAUGUUCCAUAUUUUGAUAUGAAUAUGUAUAGGAGUGUGAAUAUUGAAGUGAUGCCAAGUCAUGAUCAAUCAGGAAUGGAUCUUCCACUAACCGAUAUUUCGACGCUUCGAUUUUUCUUCAAUUUCGGUGUUCAACAAUCAAGAAAUCUUAUUGCGGCAAGAUCUUUUCAACAGCAACAAAAUAGUCAAGCCCCUCAACCACCUCAACCACCACAGCAACAGCAACAACAGCAAAUUGCAAGUAUUCAGGAGGCGAUGGCUGCCGCAGCUUCGAAUGGGCAGAAUCCAGCCAAUUUGAUGAAUAUUAUCAACAAUGCUGCUGCACAGAAUCCCAAUGCAGCAUCGUUGGAACAAUUGAACGCGCUUUUGGGUCAACACAGUAUGUUGCGACAGGCUCAACAACUUCAAGGAAAUCCAGCACAGGUACAUUUGCAACAAGCCAAUCCAAUGCAACAACAAUUGAACACAAUUCUGAAUGCCGCUCAAAAUAAUCGUCAAAUGCAGAAUCAAGCGUAUGCUCAAUCGCAUGCUCUUCAACAACAAUUGUCAGUUUUGAUGAAUCAAAUUCAACCCCAACAAAUACCUGGAGCCAAUGUUCCACCGGGAGUCCCAGUGCAACAAAUUCCAAAUGAACGUAAAACCACACAUUCUGAUUUGAUCGCGCCGAAUCAUGUUCAUUCUGUGCAAGCUCCGAUUGGUAUUGCUCAAACAGCUCAAGUUCAACAAUUGAAUGCAGCUGCAGCACAAGCUGCAACAAUUCCAACUUCCCAACCAAUUGUUCAACAACAGCAAAUUCCAACUGCACAUCAGCCACAAGCUCCUCAACCGCAGCAAGUUCAACCUGGCCAACCUGCUCAACCACAGCCGCAACAACCACAAGCUUCAACUGCUUCAACUCUUCAAAAAACCUAUGAGAAUCACACAAUUCUUCUUCAACACGCACUUUACCAAGCGCAUCAGAAUAAUCAUUUGAAACAACCAUCUCUUCACGAAGCUCGUUUUCAAGCUUUAGCCCAACAUCAAGCAACUCCAAGCUCAACGAGCCCUGCAACUGGUCUUCACCCAUUCAUCCGGCCAACUGAGGUAAUUUUCACAUAGUUAUGGGGAUAGCUUCUCACAUAAGUUCUAACAAAUGCUUGGGCCGUUUAUUAACUGGACUCUUUCAGGCAAACAAACAAUCAACAUCAUCAACACCAAUCGCAACACAAUCAAAUAGUGAAAGCACAAAUAUAUCUCCACGUCCACCAAUUCCAUUAGAUCCAAGUCCACCACAUGUUAAAACGGAAUCACCAAAUUCGGAUAAGGUUCGAUUUAUUUCACUUUCUCAGUUAGGAUCGGUAGCACAUAAUACUAAUUAAUAUUGUAAUUCUAUUUGGAUAUUGAGCAUGACGUGUUUUUUUCAGCAGCAGCAGCAACAACCUGAAGCUGUUCAAGCGAGUUCAACAACUGAUGAAGAUGCAAAACCAUCAUCUUCAGCUCAAGUUGCAGCGGUAAACCCAAUCGGGAUCGCAAAUCCAAUGGCUGUUUCAUCAACAGCAAUCGGACAAAGGGUGACAGCAUCAACACCUUCAAACACAACAAACUCGCCAACGACAAAUUCUAGUGCAACAUCCUCGGGAAAUAAUAUCCCACCACUGAUUCAAAUAUCAGAGGACCAUUUUACUGAUACAUUUCGCAAAUCGGAGCAAAAAGUUAGUGACCGAAAAAGUAAUACUGUCAAUGUGCAUUCAAAUAACCGAUUUUGUUUUUUAGGAGACAACAGGGUCACCUGAACCCAAACGGCGGCCAGGCUGGGUCCCCAAAGACGAAUGGUGAACAAAAUAAUGAAGAGGAGGGUGAAGAUAAACCGGCGGUAGGUUUUUUUUUAAAAGAAAACUUAUUUAUUUUUGAAUUAUAAUUAUUGAUUUCUUUUCAGUUGGCACCAAUUUUGAUGAUGUCUUAUUUGAACACUUGUAUGAGUCAAGCUAAAACCCAACUAAAUGCAAAUGGCGUGCACGUUGGCGUCGAUGAUAAUGGUCAACUGGUGAGUAACAUGUUUCGAAUCAAAAUCCCAAAUAAAUGUAUCAUUUUCAGGUUGAUUUCUCAUCUCGACCAAUUGACCCAAUUUUCAAAGAUGCUCGCGAGGAUUGGGCAAGAUCUCGAGACUAUAAACGUCCACAUCCAGCAUCUGCAACUGCCACCGCAAUUGUUGGAAACAAUAUCUCAAUUCCAUCACCGAAUCAACCAACUGGUAGCUCACCAAAAACUGAAACUGAAGCAACUUCGAUGCCAGCUCCAUCAAUGCCUAUUGGUAUCAACAGAACGGUAUGAUUUUUGGUUGCCAUACAAUAGAAAUAUGUCAUAUUUUCAGGCCGCUGAUGUUAUCCCAGCGUUAACACCAAAAGCUGAAUGUGAAGAACCAAUUAUUAAUGUUGUUGGUCCAGAAGAUGAUUCGGAAGAUGAUUCAGUUGGAGGAAAACGUCUUCGCAUUGCGACAGAUGAAGAAUAG